AUGACUUUGGUACUGUUGCCCGCGGCCGAGGACAACAGUUCCAAAUGUGUGGUGCUACAAACAUCAGACAGGCGUAUCCCUGACUAUGCCAUUGUGCCGAUGGACGGUUUUCCUGUAGACAGGACUGUGAACAACAUCGUGACUAACACCUUGAUGCAAAUGUGCAUGGAGCAGAAUGCCUUGCUGGAUGUGGACAGCAACCCUCUUUUUACACCAAUAGAGAUCAACAUGGAGGGAGCUCCACUGAAGGACUGUGUACUCUCAAUCAGUGGUUACAGUGGCACAGAGAGGGACAUUCUUAUAAGCAUAGCAGAGGUUCUGGGAGCUACAUGCCAGGAUUAUUUUGUGCGCACUGCAAAGAACAACCUGUUACCCAGUACCCACCUUGUGGUAAAUGCGGCUGAAGGCUCAAAAUAUGAGGCUGCGAAGAAAUGGGGAAUACCAGCCCUCUCUAAACUUUGGAUUUUGUCCUGUGCUCGACAGGGUAAAAAAGUUCCAGAGGACAAGUACUUGAUUGAAAUUGUCUCCAAUGACAACCUGAUGUCUCAGGUACCCACGGUGGAAAACCAAAAUGGCUCAGUUUUGGAAAAUAGAUCAGGUAGGGUUUCUGUUAGGGAAGCCAACCCAUCUGAGAUUGGCCAACAAAACAUUAUAGUAGACUCAAAAGAAGCUGAUGGAGCCCAUGUGAACAAAAGUAACGGGAAAAUAACUGAUGCAGCAUCAAAUUCUGGUGGAAGUAACAAAGAUGCGGAGCUUAAAGGAGAGAAAAAUAUUGGUGCUAAACUUAGGCAGGGAAAUAAUGAGAAGGUUUCAGCGGUAGGCGAUCACGGAUUUUCUCAGACAGAUGGGGAUUUCAUGGAGAACGACUCAGAUGCCAUGCUACUGCAACUUGAAUCUCAGGAAAAUUACCAGCCAGUCAUUCCAGUUGUUGGAACAGAAUUGAAGACUACUGCAAAGGACCGGGAAGUAAAACCGGCCUCGACUUCUGUCGCAAAUAACAGGGAUAUUAAGGUCAAGGAUAUGCCUAGGAAUACUGACAUUGCUGUAGCACCAGUGGUGAACACAAAAGAUGGUAAAGCUUUGAAUAAGAAUCUUCUUCCUGCAACCAAACAUGUUGCACCUGCAGAAACUCCCCCUUUUGAGAGAUUGAAAAGGAGAUGGGACAAGAAUCCCCCUCUUACCGGUACCCCUGUCCUAACUAAGCAGUCUGCUAAAGACAAGCUGAAAGAGAUGCCGGCCAGGAAGCACAACUGGAGAUAUGACGACUGGGUGGCAAAGAAUGACUGGACAGCAAAGAACGGCAGUAGUCAGAAAGAGAACGUGGGGCUGGCCACCUCAACGCCGGUGCAAUCUAGGGUGAAGGAACUGAAGAGGCAAGAUGGAAAGAAAGUGGACAUAGACACGCCCAGCAAGUUCCUCAACCCAAAUGUGAGAUACAUUCCCAAGUUUGAGACCGAGGAGUUUCUCGCAUCACUGCAAACCCCAGAGGAUGUGAGAGCUGCAAGGGCCAAAAGAAAGCCCAGUCUGAAUGACAGUGAGCUGUUCGAGCUGAUGAGAGCCAAGAUGGAGGUGACCAUCGAACAGAGGAGACAGGAGCGUGAGAGUGCUGUCGCCUCAUCCCAGCGACAAAACGACGAAGUGGACGGAGAUUACGAGGAUGUCCCAACUGCGCUGCAAGGCGUGGUGAUCACUGUUGCUAGACGACUGGCCAAGGACCAGGCAGAGUUUAAUGAGAUUGUCACGUGUCUGGGAGGGGAGUAUCGUUGGACCAUCGACAAUACGUGCACCCAUUUCAUCUUUCAGGGUCGGCAGAACGAUACGACUAAAGAUUUCAAACAAGCAAAGGCACAGGGCUUGAAAAUUGUCAGUCCCCAUUGGUUGUACAUGUGUAAAGAACAGAAUGCGAGAGUGGAUGAAUCGCUGUUUCCUCACACCUUUAAUCCCAACCUUUCCCUGGCGGUGGUUACCACCAGAGGAACACCCAUGCGCACUCCACGUGUACGACGGAACAUCAAAAGUGUCACAGAGCCUCCCAAAUCGGCUGUUACCGCAAAAAAUGAAGCUGAAAAAACUUCCCCAUCUGUCGAUAGAAAUUCUGAGGGAGGCAACUCUGGGUCCGGUACACCGGCAAGAAAGGGAGGCAAAUCUCCAGUUGCGAAUCUGGUCUGCAAAUUGACUGGCAGUCUGGAUAAGAGCCCCUCAGAAGAAGAUAAGCAGCAGCCUCAAGAGACGGUGGGGUCUCUGGAGAUGAGAGAAGUGCUCAGCAAGCAGUUGGAAGAUGUGAUGGCUCAGAACACGGGUAAACGCAGGAGAAGGGGCAGUAAGAGACUGAAUUGCAGUGGCCAAGUAGGUACCCCCGAGGAUUCAUCAGCCAGUAGCGGAGCGAAAUCACGUCGGACAGAGGAGAGGGUAGCUGUAGUUGAGAGGAACUCUGCAGAGAAUCAGCCGUCCCAGUCUGUACACGUUGUAUGGGACGACCCCAUUAGAAGGUCGGAGCAAGAGAAGCUAGCCCACCAACUGGCCCGCGCAAACAGCCCAACACAGGAUGUUCCAGAUGAUUUCCACGAACAGGCAGCGCAGUUCUCGGAAACAGACGACGAUGAUGAGGAACCCAAACUGCCUGUGUUCGAGGCACAUGUGCAGGCCGAAGAAGCCCAAACUCCUAAGCAGCCCAAAUCCACAACAGGGAAAACACCAACACCGGAUCCGCCCUCAAUUGCGUUUCCGGUGGGUAAAGCCCCAAAAGUGACCCCACCAAAGCCUAUUGUACUUGAUGAUGACAACGAUGAUGAUGAGGAAGAAGUAACCUUCAAGAGGCCACCACCUGUAUUUAUCAUGUCGGGGAUUGAGGCUGCUGAGAGAGAUACAUACGGUGCCCUUGUAGAGCAGCUUGGAGGUCGAGUGAUAGACGCCCAGCAGUUUGACAUCGCCUGCACACACCUUGUUAUUGAUAAGAUAACGCGAAAUGAGAAGUUCUUAGCAUGUCUGGCCUCUGGGAAAUGGAUCCUUCACAAAUCAUACUUCAAUGCAUGCAGAGAGGAGGGGCAGUUUGUGAAGGAGGAUUUCUUCGAGUGGGGUGGGGAAGGUACCCUGGCUCUUGUGAAGAACAUGGACAACAGCGUUCGUCUGCUCGCGGCAGCCGCCAGGGAGUGGAGAAUCAAGUUGUCCCAGCAACAACAGGUCUCAUCGACCCAGUUUGGAGCAUUCUCAACGUGGCGUGUGAUUCUGAUCUGUGAGAAGGGGAAAGUCAGCAACUUCAUCCGCCUACUAACGGCUGGAGGGGCCACUGUGCUGAACAUGAGGCCACCGUUCCCUGCGCGAGUGGACGCCACCCAUGUCCUGAUGGAGCCACACAAGAUACCUGUCCCACAGGAAGACCUGGAGAAGCUCUUGUCCAGCGGGUGUCUGUGUCUGAAACCAGAAUACAUCAGCGGAUACCUGUGCAAUCCGGAAAGUGACGUGGCGGCAUUCACACCGCCCGAGAUUCAGGCCCUGCUUGCUGCGAUGUCAGGCAAUGACUCUGGGAGCAAGAAACGGAAGUGCUCAACUGGUGACGAGUCACAAAAACGAACUAAACGUAGAUGAUCUAAACAUGGUGUUUCAGCAAAAACUUGUUAAAUAGAAAUAGCGUCAACAUGUUGUUUGAAUGCCACUAACUUUUAAAUAGUGUAAAUGAUUGAAACUACUAAGUGUUGUGCAAUGUACACUUUACAUAUUUUUAUGGAAUUCGCCUUUUUCUCCCAUUGCAUAUAUUUAUAAAUUCAAAAACGUAUUUUGUUGAUAUAUAAAAGUUAAAAUAAAAAUGAACAUACAUUA